AUGGAUGUGAUGGAUGGAUUCUAUCAGAUCCUCAUGCGUGAACGGGAUAUCCCUUACACAGCAGUGAGCACCCCCAUUGGUAUGCUCUGGGAGUGGCUAGUGAUGACACAGGGGCUAAGUAACGCCCCUGCAACGUUCCACAGAUGUUUUACGAAUCUGUUGAGACUGGUGCGCGAUUUUGCACCGAGUUACUUCGAAGAUGUCUUCGUCCGUAGCCGAGCUUUGGAUGAAAAGACGGACGUGGAGGUUCAUAGAAUCCACGUCCGAAAGGUUCUUACGCUAAUGCAGGAGCAUAAGUUGGUCGCGAACCUCAAGAAGUGCAUAUUCGCAGUGAACGAAAUGCCACUUCUUGGCUGCAUCGUGGGUAAAAACGGCGUACGCCCUGAUCCUGAAAGAUAA